GAGCGGCCGGGGCGGGGCGGAGGGUGGCGGGAGGGCGCGAGGGCGGGCCGGGGGCCGGUUCCGCGCGCAGGGAUUUUUAAAUGUCCCGCUCUUAGCCGGGCGCAGGAGCAGCCGGCUCGGCCGCCAGCGCGGUGUAGGGGGCAGGCGCGGAUCCCGCCACCGCCGCGCGCUCGGCCCGCCGCCGCCUCCCGCCUCCCGGCUUCCCGCUCGCCUCUGCCUCCUGCGUCGGGCCUCAGCUCGUGCCGCCUGCCUGCCGCGGAGACGGCUUUGGGCCUGAGAUCUGAUCCCACGCCCCAAGCCAUGCCGAGGGAGAGAAGGGAGAGGGAUGCAAAGGAACGGGACACCAUGAAAGAGGAAAGUGGCACCGAUGUCUCUGUUCGCUCCAGGAAAAGAAAGGCAAAUGUGGCUGUUUUUUUGCAGGAUCCAGAUGAAGAAAUUGCAAAAAUUGACAGGACUGUGAGAAACCAGUGCAGCAGUCAGCCUUGGGAUGGCAGUUCAGUGUGUGAAAACCCCUGCUCCUUGAUUCCUACACCUGACAAAGAAGAGGAUGAGCCAACGUACCCUAGUUCCACCUGUGGGCCUCAGAGUUUCAUGCCCUCCAGAGCCUCACCACUGCCUAUACUGAACUGGGCAAAUAGAGACGAGGUUUGGAAAAUCAUGUUAAACAAGGAGAAGACCUACUUAAGGGAUAAGCACUUUAUGCAGCGGCACCCUCUCCUGCAGCCUAAAAUGCGAGCAAUUCUUCUGGAUUGGUUAAUGGAGGUGUGUGAAGUCUAUAAACUUCACAGAGAGACAUUUUACUUGGCACAGGAUUUCUUUGAUCGGUAUAUGGCAACACAACAAAAUAUCGUAAAAACACUUUUACAGCUUAUUGGGAUUUCAUCUUUAUUUAUUGCUGCCAAACUUGAGGAAAUCUAUCCUCCAAAGCUGCACCAGUUUGCGUAUGUUACAGAUGGGGCUUGUUCAGGAGAGGAAAUUCUUAGCAUGGAAUUAAUCAUUAUGAAGGCCCUUAAGUGGCAUUUAAGUCCCCUGACCAUUGUGUCCUGGCUGAAUGUAUAUAUGCAGGUUGCAUAUCUAAAUGAUUUAUAUGAAGUGCUCCUGCCACAGUAUCCUCAGCAAAUCUUCAUACAGAUUGCAGAGCUUUUAGAUCUUUGUGUCCUGGAUGUUGGCUGCUUAGAAUUUCCCUAUGGUGUACUUGCUGCUUCUGCCUUGUAUCAUUUCUCUUCCUCUGAAUUGAUGCAAAAGGUUUCAGGGUAUCAGUGGUGUGAUAUAGAGAAGUGUGUCAAGUGGAUGGUUCCAUUUGCAAUGGUCAUAAGGGAGACAGGAAGUUCAAAACUUAAGCACUUCAGGGGAGUUCCUGCUGAAGAUGCACACAACAUCCAGACCCAUAUAAACAGCUUGGAUUUGCUGGACAAAGCCCAAGCAAAGAAAGCCAUAUUGUCUGAACAAAACAGGAUUUCUCCUCUCCCCACCGGGGUCCUCACUCCCCCACAGAGCAGCAAGAAGCAGAGCAGUGGGCAGGGGACAGCGUGACCACACCAGCAUUCUCCACCAAAGACAGUUGUGCAGAAGUACCUGCUCCAAGUUCUCUUCUGUGCACCGCGGCAGAGGCCCGCAUUAGCUUUUACAGACAUUUAAAUGGAAGAGCACGUCUCUUCCACAACCGAAGUGUUUCUGUGGAUGGCAUUGGACAGGGAGAAGUGUUUUUUAUUGAACGCUUAGGUUUUUUUAAAUAAGUGGGUCAAGUACACCAGCCACCUCCAGAACACCAAUGAGUGCUCCAGAUGCUGCUAAGGAGGGUGAUACUUGACUUGAUUGACUAUUCACACAGAUAACAAAGGCUUGAAGUCGAGGAGUGCCACGUUGCUGUUGGUCUCCCCUUGGGUGUUCUGGGUUGUGUCGUAUUGAGUGGAACAGGUGGUUGUGAGUAUUGUGAUGUGGAGCCCACAACCAGCUGUGCUGGGGGCCUGCCCUUUUCACACUAUCAGUUGACAAUAUACAAUGCCUUUUAUGAACUGUUAUUUUGUAAGUGCUGCUAUGUCUAUCCGUUUUUUAAUAAAGAUAACACUGUCUUUGAGACAGCUGGUUUUA